AUGGUCGAAGUCAAGCGUGGCGAUUCCCCUUAUCAUCAGAUCCGUGCCCAAUACACCCGAGAUGUUGAAGGCAAACUACUCGUCGUCUUUGGCCCUGAAGCUCCUCUAGUCGAGAAAGACUGGGAAGCGUACUGGGGUAAAUUCAUUCGGCCUAAUGUCACUACCGGCAAGAGGACUAUCACCACUAUCAACCCCUCUCUUACCGCCUUCGAGGUCGACAAUCCCACAGGCGUCGAUGUCACCCCCCUAGACUCCAGCUAUGUCACACCUUCACAAACAAUUGAGAUAUGGGAGACCCAACUCGAGGACGAGACACAGAUUCGCGGCAUCCUGAAACUCCCCAACUCAUACUUCAAGAAGCCAGUCACCGAUGCUGUUGCUGAGUGGGCUGUCUCACUAGUCUUGAAUACGGCGAGACUUGCACAUUGCAACCCCCUCCCAGAAGAAGACGAGAAAGCGAUGAACCUGGCCAACACGAUUACCGAUAUCUUCUCGGACACGCUACGAAACAUUGCCGAUGGGGAUCAAUGGGACUUCGGAGGCCGCGAUUACUUUAGGGACAGGAUCCUUCUCUUCACAUCUCGAAAGCAAAGGAUCGACAUGAUUCUCCCAGCAUUCCCGUGCAAGUCUUCCUCUCUGAACAAGGUGGCUGGAACACGCCCAGACAAGGGCGAGGAGCUUGGUUUGAAAGGUCUCUACCUCUUCGUGAAGGAUAUCGAGAAGAUCUACCCUCCGGGUGCAUGUUGUUUCAUCGCGUCUGAUGGCCAUGUAUUCAGUGACAACAUCGGCGUCGACGACGAAGUAGUAGACACCUACAGCUCUCAACUCAUCGAAAUGAAGGACGCCAUGUUGGGCCCCGAAUCCAACCGCAUAGGCUUCUUUGGCUUACCGGCCCUCUUUGCUCUCGGCGAACUCGACGCUCCUACUUCUGCCGUUGCUAAACUUGACCUCCCCAACUACGUCAAUACCAAACACACCGAGGACGCCAACCUGUGCCGCAAGCUCAUGGUACAUGCCUUUGGCAUCGACGGCUCAGCCCUACGCAACAAAAUUGAAAGCGGCGACAAGGCAGCACUGGCCCUCUACCGCGGCUUCACACGCUUCAUGCUUGAGGACCUCUCCCACAACGGCUUCAUGAUGUCGAAAUCUAAAUCUCAGCAAAAGAAGCUCGCCGCCAAAAUCGCCUUCGAGAUGCUCAAGCGCAACCAAGCUUACUCCAAUCUCUGCGAGCUUCUCUUCCCUGCCUCCGUCCGUCUUUCGAUUCACGCCCACGUUAACUCUGGCCCUAAGUUCGGCUGCAAUCUCCUCUCCCGCUUCAACUGCCGCACCACCGCCUCCCUCCUCGACUACUCGCCCGAGAAGACCGACGACCUCCUGCACGUCCCCACCCCUUGGCACAAUACUAUGGUCAAAAUGGCCCCCCACGACGGCUUCCUCCUCAUCAAAGCCUGCCUCGUGCACGAAGCAAUUGGCGAGGGGAAGUACACAUCGGUUUGGGUCGAGUCCAACGCGACUACUGGCGAGGGGGGUUAUUUCCUCCUGACGUCUACUACGCCCAAGACCCGCAAGAAGAGUCUCGCGCAAAAGGUCAACUCGCGGAUUAUUCCCUCGCUACGUGUGGCAACCAGCUUCUCGCUGUCUGCAGAACGCAGGAAGGCACUCAUCGACGACGAGACUUUCUCGCCUGGCGGUGCUGCGGCGCAGGCGAUGCUCUUCUCGGCAAACGAGCAGAAGUUGGUGCUUGAGCGAAGGGAAAGUAUUGGGAUUAAGAGUGCGGGUAUCAAGAGCCCGACUAGCCACAGUCCGUUUGGAAAUGGGGUGGGGAGUUUGGCGAGGAGGUUUACGACGAUGCGGGUUUAGACGAUGGGUGAAAAUUUGUAUAAUGGUGUUUCUUUCGAGGUUUCUUUCCUUUUAUCACACUGUCUGCUUUCUCUUUCCACUUUGUCUACGGAUAAGUGAGUGUAUUCCGGCGUUUUGCUUUUAGGAAGGUUUCUUAGCGUCCGCAUCUCAAAUUAUAAAUUGUAGGCCUUGUUUUCUAGUAGACAGGAGUAAACUGAGUCGAGUCACUUCAAUACAUGUCACUCAGUCUUGACUCUUAAGACUUUUCAAUCCGACUCUCCACCAACCCCAUACAAAAGACUCUCCGU